CCGCGAGAGUCAUUCUUUGGAAAUCGCUCUCGCGGUACUCGAUGUCAUAAGCCAAUCGAUUUGCGCAGCGCCUCGUGAAAACGAACACGCCUUAUGGCAUGCUUUGUUUUGAGUGAAUAUUUUCUUUUUAACGUCAAGCGUUAUGGACGAGAACGCAUUAACGUGAGCGUAUAUUAUUCUCACACAUUCACUUCAUUGAUACUUUUUCGCUUUGUUUUAUCCAGCCAGCUGUGAGCGUACAUACUUGGUCGGUCAUGUCCAGAUGUUGGUAUCAAACAGAUUGAUAAUCCACGGGAUUAAAUGUUCAUAUGAAGUACUGUAUACUGUACUAGCGUCAUCCUGCUCGCUAUGAAACGCGUUGUUUUCUUUCUGGCGUCUUUACUGCUGGCGGAGGGUUCAAGGAGAUUCAUUAGAGAUGUCCUGGACGACGAGUACGACCAGCUCAGCUCAAUGCUGUCAGACUUUGAUGUCCUUCAGCUGUCCGGUCUUGAACAGCAUUCAGUUCGCAAGAGAGAUGUCCAGUUGCAUACACAUGCAGAGAGGCUACUCAGUUUUACUGCAUUACAGAGGCAUUUUAAAUUGUACCUGACAACCAACACAGAGCUUUUCACCAAUGACUUUAAUGCUGUGGUUAUAAAGGAGGAUGGCACGGAGGAGACGUAUGAGGUCCAAAGAGAAAACUUCUUCACUGGUCAUGUUAUUGGAGAGGUGAAUUCUCGUGUACAGGCACAUAUCGGUGACAAGGAUUUCUCUGCUCAUAUCCUAACUGAUGAAGCUGAAUAUAACAUCGAGCCCCUGUGGAGGUUUAUCCAAGAUCCUCGGGAUGGUCGGCUGCUCAUAUAUCGUUCGGAAGACAUCAGGAACGUGACCCGACUGGCGGCUCCUAAAGUGUGCGGCUACGUCAACGCAAACGCCAGCGAGGUGAUGCCCGAGAGUGUGCGGGGAGCCAUAACGCUAUAUGAAGAUUAUGAGGAAGAUGUGCACUUGAGAGGGAGAAGACAAACCCUGGACCAUACCAAAAACACUUGCCCUCUGCUACUCGUGGCAGACUAUCGUUUUUUUAAACACAUGGGCCGUAAGGAGGAGAGCACCACCCUGAACUAUCUGAUUGAGCUGAUUGAUCGUGUGGAUGACAUUUACCGGAAUACAUCAUGGGAUGAGGAAUACAAAGGUUAUGGAGUUCAGAUUCAGCAGAUUAUAAUUAAUAGGGCACCCACUCAGGUAAAGCCGGGAGAAUCACACUUUAACAUGAAAGGGACGCCUGUGAAGAACAAAGAUGUUUGGGAUGUCAAGAAGCUUCUGGAGCAAUUUAGCAUCGACAUGGCAGACAACGCAUCAAAGGUGUGCUUGGCUCAUCUAUUCACAUACCAGGAUUUUGAUGAAGGCACAUUAGGCCUGGCCUACGUGGCUCCGAUUAGGUCUGGUUUUCCUGGUGGUCUUUGCUCUGAGAAGUGCCCUCCUUCCGGAAAUGAAAACCGGGUUGUAUACCUGAACACUGGACUAACCAGCACCAAAAAUUAUGGAAAAACCAUUCUAACCAAGGAAGCAGACCUGGUCACCACUCAUGAGCUCGGUCACAACUUUGGUGCAGUGCACGACACAGAUGAGUGCGCGCCCGGAGAGGAUCAGGGGGGAAAAUAUGUCAUGUACCCCAUCGCUGUGAGCGGCGACCACUACAAUAAUAAAUUGUUUUCAAACUGUAGUAAGAUCGCUAUAGCAAAGAGGCUGAGGUCCAAAGCCUCCACCUGCUUCAGAGAGAGGAACAUUAAUGUGUGCGGAAACUCCCGGGUGGAGGAAGGGGAGGAAUGCGAUCCUGGACUGCUUUACCUCAACAAUGACGCCUGCUGCACCGCAACCUGCAAGCUGCGACCCACAGCGGUGUGCAGUGACAGGAACAGCGCAUGCUGCAAAAGCUGCAAGUUUGAGAAACGUGGCAAGGUGUGUCAGGAGCCAAUGGAAGCCACAUGCAAGGGCAGAUCUUACUGCACAGGAUUUAGCAGUGAAUGCCCUCCUCCAGAGAACCUCUCUAAUAAGACGGUGUGUGUUGACAACGGCCAAUGUCAGAAUGGAGAAUGUAUCCCAUUCUGUGAAGCGGUACUGAACCUGCAGUCAUGCGCUUGCAAUGAGACGAAAAACUCUUGUAAGGUGUGCUGUAGGGAUAAGAGCACUGUGUGUUCUCCUUAUGUUAAUGACAAGGGCAACCCGUUGUUUCUUCGCAAAGGCAAACCCUGUACUGUGGGCUUUUGUAAUGAAGAAGGCAAAUGCAUGAAACAAGUUCAGGAUGUUAUUGAGAGAUUGUGGGAUUUUAUUGAGAAGCUUGACAUUAAUACUUUUGGGAAGUUUUUGGCGGAUAACAUUGUCGGCUCAGUUGUGGUCUUCUCACUUCUUUUCUGGAUCCCUCUCAGUAUUCUGGUCCACUGUGUGGAUAAGAAACUUGACCAGCAGUAUGAAUUGAACACAAAGUCACUCUUUUACCCCAGUAACGCUGAGCUGCUGAGCAGUUUGGAUUUAGCCUCAGUGAGGAUCUUCAAACCACCUUCUUCCCCGGGCAUCUCCGCAAUGCCACGGUUUCAUGCAUCCGUCCCUCUGCAGACCAGCACUCCACCUGUCUCCCUCUCCCAGGUGGCUCCGGCACCUUCACUUUGUCCUCAUCCCGUUACAGAUCACCAUCGCAUGGCUACUAUCCAAGAAGAUCCCAGCUAUGAUUCCCACCUUGAUGAACGAGCACUGGUAGUGGACUUUCCUACCUCUGGCUCCGCCUCGCGCUCGUUUGAUGACCUGACGGAAAACCGGGAAAAUGCAAUGUCGUUCAUGGUGAGGAGAUUUCCUCGGACUAACAGUAAGGAGACUGAAUGUUGAGCUGUGGAUUAUAAAAAAUGAUACAGAAAGAAAUGAAUGGGAAAGAGAAUUGUGAGUGUAUGAAUGAAGAGUUAGAGUAUAUAAUUGGGAAUGCUCAAAGCUGAGCAGAACAAGCACUGAAUAUGAAAGCAUUGGGAGUUUAUUGUAUGCUUACAAUUUCAGUAUUGAAAAUUCCCAGAGUGCAGUAUGUUUUAAAAACGCUGGAUUUUUAUAAAACAAAUGAUUCAGUGACUAGCUAUUUGGUUUGUUAAUCUUGUAUUACACACACACACACACACCAAAGAGGAUCUUAAAAGGGUUAUCUACAUGUAAAAGUCCAGCCAUAUUUUUUAAAGGCUUAAAGUCAAAAUUGUCUUUAUUUAUUUUCUUAGUGCUUGGUCUUGUUGUUCGGAUUCAUCCAUGAAUAUAUUUUUAAUGGUAUUGAUUUCUUAAACCAUUUCUUCUCUCUGCUGACACAUUUAAUGUCACCGUGCAUUUAAGCAAAUAGCAUUAAGCUCUACCUGCAUUCUGCUGUGCAACACAAACUUUUUCCAGUUCUGCCCUUUAUUUUUAGUUUCUCAUUUAAUUGACAAUUCGACAUACAUUUUCAUUUUACACUGACGACCCAGUAUCUUCGAUGUUUACAGGUCUUUUUUGCUUGAGGGAUUGAGCAAAUAGAUGCUCAUAGAUCUUGAAACCUGUUAUAAUUUACAUGUAUAUGCUCUGACAUUCACCAGCAAAUGUUUUAUAUCCUCUGUAGACCAUCACCUUGAGCUCUUUAUAUGGUUUGCAAAGACAAUCGCACUUAUUUGGAGAGGCAUUUGAUAUUUUUAGAUUUUAGUGGUUUAGUUUAGCUUAAGCACUUUUGUUUGUAUUGUGCUUAAAUGUCAGUGUGUAACUGUUACUUACGUGUUGUACCAGCAGUUAUUGAAAGUAUUGCUGGUGUACAUGAUCGAAUUUUAUACUUCUUUGUGAAACACCAAAGUCACUUGCUAACUUAAGAGACAAUCGGUUUUAUCUCAUACUUGUGUGCAUUACAAUGUUUAUGACUGUAUGCAAGAAUUUGUAUUUUACAGCUGCUCCUAAAAGAAUGUGUAGUGAUAUUGAACAUCGUGCUGAAUUGUAACCAAAGUGCCUUUGUGUUUGUUCAAAUGGUAAUUUUUCCCAUGUGUUCUGUAACGUUAUAUUUUACAGUAAGGCUCAAAAAGGGACUGACGGUGUCUUUUGUAUGUGGAUAAAUAGUCACUUUCUUCUGUGUAACCAUUGGGAAAAUAUGAAGAGUUGAGAUGCAAAAACCGACAUCUACGUCAAAAAUGAGAUAAUGAUAUUGACCGGUGCACAUAAAUGUUUUUUUUGUGGACCGAAUUUAACUUCCGGUAUACUUUAGCAUAGAAUAAGUAACAACAGAGCACUUCUAGAGUAGAUUAUUUCUGAUAACAAGCACAAUAAAUAACAAGUAAGUUAUUCAAAGAGUUCAAAUCAUAGCUAAAGCAUAUUAACCAUUACACUGAGCUAAUGUUACUGUAUAAAAUUAAAAAUGUAAGCUAUAGAUCCUUGAAUUCUUGCCUGGCUGCCAAAUCCACACAGCGUGAUCCAUGCUCACGGUCUUUCCUCGUCUUUUGGAAACCAAAACAUUUUUAUGUUUUCCAGAGGUCAGUUUAGUUGCUAGCCAGACUGAUAAACAAGCACAGACCAGAAGUAAACUUUGGGCCAGCAGCGUAAAUGUGGCAACGCAUGUGCAACGUCUGUACAUUUAAUAUUUUUGCUUGAAAUUGAUUUCUAUGUUGAUUUUUAAGCACCUCCUUUUAAGUCCUCCAAGUGCAUGAAGGAAUAAUUGGGAAAAACAAUGGCACACGUACGUCAAGGUGCAAGAAUUUUUUACUCGGUUAAAGGAGGUUUACAGCAUAUUUAAGGAUAUUGAUAAAAUAUUUGAGCCUUUUUAAUCUUAAUUCAAACAAACAAACAAAAAAAAACAGUGAAGAAUCACUGGAGACUUUUUAGAAGUGGAAAGUGGACUUAAAGGGUUUUGCAGUGAAAGUCAGUGAAAUAUUUUUAAUUGUGAAAAUAAGAAGUCAUUUUAAUUACUGACUUAUAAGCUUUUGAUCGCGGUUAAAGUGAUAUAAAUAAACCUAAACAUAAGAGGCUGAUAAAAAUGCUAAUUUACAAGAAAACAUGUUGGACCCACUAGUGGGUUUUGUCUCUGAGCUUUUCAUAUGUACUGUAGAUCAGUUCAGCAAGUUUGUUCAUUGUGUGAACAUAAUAUUGUGCUGACCUGAACUACUAAGAAUAUGUGUUGUUUCCUGUUAGAAAUGUCUUUAAUAAAAUGAUCUAACCUUGAAAA